AGCCCCCCCAGCGGAGCCUAAUUGGGUUCCAGACAAAAUAAGCCCCCCUCCUCUCCCGCCCCCGGGGGGAGAAGAUGCUGACAAGAUCUGUCCUGUGACAGAGACCAGAAGAAAAUGGGUGGGAAAACCAAACCCAGCCCACUUGGGUGACCCCCAGGUGUCACUCGCUCUUCUUCAGAACCGUUUCAGGUUCAGCCGUCAUGGCGGAGUCCGAGGACAUACUAGAGCUUCAGCGGGAGGUGGUGGAAGAGAUGGGCAUCUCCCUGGAAGACCUCAAGCAGCUGAUUGAAGAGGAGCUGGAGAAAUCCGAGUACGUCAAGCAGCGCAAGGAGGAGCUGGAACGCCUGGAGGACUGUGUGAAGCAGAAGGAGGCUGAAGUGGCCCAUGUGGACCAGCUCCUUGAAAACGCGGUGAAGGCGGUGGAUAAAUGCGAGGUGCUGGUCAAAGACAUCUACGUCAACCUGGGGCUGGAAUAUCGAGAAACAGACUCCGACUCAGAGAACAGCUCCAGCAAACCCAUGGAAGUGAUUGAAAUCCCCGACGAAGAUGACGACGACAUCAUGAGUGUAGACUCAGAUCCGAGUAACAAAAUUGCAAAGGACCAGACCCUGCUCCGAGAAGCCAUGGCUGCCAUGAGGAAAUCCGCUCAAGACGUUCAGAAAUUCAUGGACGCGGUGAACAAGAAGACGGGCAGCCUGGAUUCCCAGAGAGGAUUACAGCAAGGCAACCCUGGCUGUGAACUCACCCAGGAUGGCGACCUGACGGUUGGCGACCGUGUCCUGGGCAAGAAACGGACAAAGACCUGGCAUAAGGGCACCUUGAUUGCCAUCCAGACAGUGGGUCCUGGGAAGAAAUACAAGGUAAAAUUCGACAAUAAAGGGAAGAGUUUGCUGUCAGGCAACCACAUUGCUUAUGACAGCCACCCGGUUCCCGAGAAGCUGAAUGUCGGCAGCCGGGUUGUGGCCAAAUACAAAGAUGGGAACCAGGUCUGGCUGUACGCUGGAAUCGUGGCCGAGAUGCCCAACGUCAAGAAUAAGAUGAGGUUCCUGAUCUUCUUCGAUGAUGGCUACGCCUCCUACGUCAUUCAGCACGAGCUUUAUCUCGUCUGCAGAUCACUCAAAAAGGCCUGGGAAGACAUUGAGGACGUCUCCUGCCGGGAUUUCAUUGAGGAGUACGUCACCGCCUACCCGAACCGGCCGAUGGUGCUGCUCAAGAGCGGGCAGCAGAUCAAGACCGAGUGGGAGGGGACCUGGUGGAAAUCGCGCGUGGAGGAGGUGGACGGCAGCCUGGUCAAAAUCCUCUUCAUGGAUGACAAGCGUUGCGAGUGGAUCUACCGGGGUUCCACCCGCCUGGAGCCCAUGUUCAGCAUGAAGACGUCCACAGCGUCCACCCAUGACAAGAAACAGGGUGGGCAAAUGAGGAUGCGGCCCAACGUGGGGGCCGUGCGGACCAAGGGCCCAGUGGUGCAGUACAUCCACGACCUGACCGGAACCAGCCCUCAGCAGCAGCUCCAGCACGCAGAGCCCCCGGUUCCCAUCACCACCGCCCAGCCAGUGCCCCUCUUCUUUGGGGAGACAGACUCGGAGAGCCAGCUUGCUCAGGCAAAGAAACAGCAGGUGGCGAAGAAAAGCACCUCGUUCUUACGGCCCGGCUCGGCCGGAUCAGGCCUCUCCCCCCCAGCCUCUCCCGUCCUGAGCGAAAUGCCGCCCGUCGGCCGGACAGGAGUGACCCAGCAGUUCAGCAGGUUCUCCGGGGCGCAGGCCCCCCCGGCGGGCACGGUGCCCUCCUUCCACAGCAUGCUGGAGCGGGUGCCCAGCGAGCCCUCCUACCGGGCGCCGUUGGAGAAGCUCUUCUACCUGCCCCACGUCUGCAGCUUCAAGUGCCUGAGCCGGGUGCGCCCCGGCCGGCCCGACCUGCACCGCAGCCGCAACCCGCUGCUGAUCCCGCUGCUGCACGACUUCCGGCGCAUGACGGCGCGGCGGCGCUUCAACCGCAAGACGGGCUUCCACGUGGUGUACAAGACGCCCUGCGGGCUGUGCCUGCGCAGCAUGGGGGAGAUCGAGCGCUACCUCUUUGAGACGGAGUGCAACUUCCUCUUCCUGGAGAUGUUCUGCCUGGACCCCUACGUGCUGGUGGACCGGCGCUUCCAGCCCUACAAGCCCUUCUACUACAUCGCGGACAUCACCAAGGGCCGGGAGGACGUGCCCCUCUCCUGCGUCAACGAGAUCGACAGCACCCCCCCGCCCCAGGUGGCCUACAGCAAGGAGCGCCUGCCCGGGAAGGGGGUCUUCAUCAACACCAGCCGAGAGUUCCUGGUGGGCUGCGACUGCGAGGACGGCUGCAGGGAUAAAUCAAAAUGCGCCUGUCACCAGCUGACGGUCCAGGCCACAGCUUGCACCCCCGGCGGGCAGCUCAACCACAACUCUGGCUACCAGCACAAGCGGCUGGAGGAGUGUCUUCCCACGGGGGUGUACGAGUGCAACAAAGGCUGCAAGUGCAGUUUGGACAUGUGCACCAACCGCCUGGUCCAGCAUGGCCUGCAAGUCCGGCUGCAGCUCUUCAAGACACAGAACAAAGGCUGGGGCAUCCGAUGUCUGGACGACAUCGCCAAGGGCUCCUUCGUCUGCAUCUACGCCGGGAAGAUCCUGACGGAUGACUUUGCGGACAAGGAGGGCCUGGAGAUGGGGGACGAGUAUUUCGCCAACCUGGACCACAUCGAGAGUGUGGAGAACUCGAAGGAGGGCUACGAGAGCGAGGCCAAGUGCUCCUCGGACAGCAGCGGCGUCAACCUGAAGGAUGACGAGGACGGCCAGUCCGGCUCGGAGGAGGCCGAGGAGUCCAACGAGGAGAGCUCGGACGACAACUUCUGCAAAGACGAGGACUUCAGCACCAGCUCGGUCUGGCGCAGCUACGCCACCCGCCGGCAGACGCGUGGGCAGCGAGAGAACGGCCUCUCCGAGACGGCCUCCAAGGACUCCGGCCCUGCGGAGGGCCCCCUGCCCUUUUGCAAGCCCCCCGUCUCGGAGGAGACCCCCAAGAACAAGGUGGCCUCCUGGCUCAGCUCCAACACCCUGGCCGACGGCUACCAGGACAGCGACAGCCGCUCCUCCUUCCGCAUGCAGGAGGCGGCCGAGGCGAAGCCCCCCAAGGUGGAACCCGGCGAGGCCGAGAAGACCGGGGGGCACCCCACCAAGGACGAGCCCGGCCCGGAGGGGGAGCUGAAGGUCAAGAAGAAAGAGGAACCGGACGAUCCAGGCAAACCCACGCCCAGCCACACCAGCCGGGUCUACGGCUACAACCCCAACCCGCCCAUCCCCGAAGGGGCCCGGCGGCCCCCCAGCAAGACCACCUCGCACCAGAGCCGCAGACACUCCGAGGGGCAGAAUCCUGACGACGUGCUGAUGCUCUCCAGCAGCACCGACAGCGACGGCGACAACGUCCGGCUGACCCCGGGGCCCGUCCAGGUCAACCCCAACGACAGCGACGACAUCCAGACCAUCUCGUCGGGCUCGGAGGAAGAAGCGGCUGCCCGCGAGGAGAAGAAGAGCGUGCCUUCCCGGCUGGGGCAGGUAAAGAGGCAGGUGGCGGUGAAGUCCACCCGGGGCUUCGCCUUGAAAUCCACGCACGGCAUCGCCAUCAAGUCCACCAACUUGGCCUCCGGGGAGGGCGCGGCCCUCCGCAGGAACACGCGCCAGUUCUACGACGGGGAGGAGUCCUGCUACAUCAUCGACGCCAAGCUGGAGGGCAACCUGGGCCGCUACCUCAACCAUAGCUGCAGCCCCAACCUCUUCGUCCAGAACGUCUUCGUGGACACGCACGACCUCCGCUUUCCUUGGGUGGCCUUCUUCGCCAGCAAGAGAAUCCGGGCCGGGACGGAACUCACCUGGGAUUACAACUACGAAGUAGGAAGUGUCGAAGGCAAAAAACUGUUGUGUUGUUGUGGUGCCAUUGAAUGCCGAGGCCGCUUGUUGUAAAAAGUUUUGUUUCCUUCCCCACGGGGGAAAGAGACCUCUCUUUUCCCAAAAUCCCCCUCCCACUGGUGAAAGUGGGACUUGUCCUGCCAGCACUCUUCGCCCCCCCCCCCGUCUUUCCGUGGUUCACGUCUCUUCGCCCCACGUGUGGGUCCCAUUGAGCACAGCUGGGGGGGAGCUCCCCGUGUUGACCUCUGUUUAAAGGGUUUUUUUGUGCCCAUCCCCAAUUGGAUGUUGUAAAGCAAUAAAGAAAAUCCAGUCUUUAUUAAAAUAACACGUUUUUCAUAA